CCUUAGCACCCCACCCAACCCGCGCCGGUUCCCGGUGUGCAGGGCAGGUGGGGCGAACCGGCGCCAGCCUCCCCAUGAGCUCGUGAUGGAACGGCUGCUCUCUCCGUCAGCUGAGGAAUCCCGAUGGCUCUUGCAAGGCUGGCUCCACGAAACAGCAGACAAAGGCCUAUUGUGGACCACGCCUGUGCCCGUGCUUUGCCCGUGCUAAGCCCUGCGGCAUGAUGACGACGUAAAAGGAGAGCCACAGCGAGGUCACAAGCGGGACCGCCCCGUCCCCCGUUCUGCCACCAUGACCUCCCCGGCCCCCAUCGAUGCUGCCGCCGCCCCCACAGCCCCGACACCGACUCCUGCGGCGAGGCCCUAUGGCCUGGACUGGGUGCCGGAGGGCGGCGUGUGGAGCAACUGCAAGGACGAGAUCGAGCGCUCGUACACUGUGGUGCCCACCGCCAUCUGCGGCACGUGCUGCGUCUUCGGCAUCGUCUACUGCUUCUUCGGUUACCGCUGCAUCAAGGCAGUGAUGUUCCUGACAGGCCUCAUGUUCGGCUCCGUCGUCAUCUUCCUGUUGUGCCACAAGGAGCGUGUGCUGGACACAGAACUGACGCUCGAGGCCAGUGCGGGCAUCGGCCUGGCCAUCGGCCUGCUCUGCGGCCUCGUGACUAUGCUAGUUCGCACAGUCGGCCUCUUCACCACGGGUCUCCUGCUGGGCCUGCUGCUGGCCGCCACGACCCUUGUGGCCAUCGAGCCCUACUACCGGCCGCCCACCGCCUGGGUGCCGCUGGGCGCGCUUGUGGGCUCGGGGAUGCUCUUCGCAGUGCUCACGCUGCAGUGGCCCAAGCCCUUCGUGGUCCUCUCCACGUCGGCGUUCGGAGCGGCCGUUGUGACCGCCGCUGUCGACUACUUUGUGGAGAUGUUCGCACUUGUGCGCUAUGCCUCCGACAGGCUGCGCUCGCCCAACAGCGCUAGCGCGACAUUCUGCUGGUACAGCUGGGCCGUGCUGUCCGUGUGGCCCACGCUCGGCCUGCUGGGCAUCCUCGUGCAGUGGAAGGUGACGGCCGAGAGGCCCAACCAUGCCGAAGUGAUAAUCAGGCACCGGCAAAAGCGCGUGCAGAUGAUGCGGAUCCGACAGCAGAAGCAGCAACAGCACGCGGGCAAGCGGCAGCGCGUCCCCCCUGAGGGCAUUUACCGCCGCAAGCCGUGCCCCGUGCGCCGCUUCACAGGAGAUGUGCUGCCUCCGAGCUACAUCCAGAGCCUGCGCGAGCGGCAGCACGACGCGUCCAUGAGCAGCCUGAGCGGAGCGGCGGCGGGGCCCCACACCACUGUGGACGUGGAGUACGACUGCGGCUCCAUGGUGCCACUCACUGCCCCCAUGAGCAGUUCCGCGGUGCGCGCGUGACGCUCGGCACCGCGCGCGCACGUGCGCAGUGGCAGCGUUGCACGCAUUCAAACAUGAGCAAGUACUUAUUUCUAGAUUUGAAGCUUUCGUGACUGGCAAGGAUUCAUACUCUUAGGUUUUUUUCGGUAAAGUCACGUAGGUAAAAAUAAAUAAUGGAAAUAAUAUAAAUAAUAAUAGAAAUGAAAAAUAUAAUUUCUAUUGUACUUGGUCACACUCCUAGGUU